UAUAUACAGGAUGCCCCUGAAUACCUCAGAGACACAGUAUGACCUGGGGGCAAUGACCCUGCUUUCCAACACACGCAACCUUUCGGUACAGACUACUCCUACUAUUUAGUAUCGACUCCACCCUGUUUCGUUGCCUGCGACAGCCGUCUUUCAAAUGACCUGCACGCUUUCCGAGCUGCAUAAGACCCGUGUAACCCUCCCGACCUUGCCCUUGUUAGCUGCUCUAAUUCGACCGACGGAAUAGUUGAGUUGUCAUUGCGUGCAGUACUCUGCACUCCACCACAGCAGGCAGCCCAGAGUCAAUGGCACUGGGAACCCCCGCUCUUUUCUUCCCGACAACCCCGUUAAAUUCGAAGACUGUCUUCUGCAUCUAUCAUCCCGCAUCGACUCUUGCUAAAGAUUUUCAAGCUACCCACUUUACCUUGCAUCAUCGCGCACUUUCUUUGGCAUCAUGGCCGACGCACUGGCCGUUAGUGGCCUGGCCGCUAGCAUUAUUUCACUCGGUAUUCAGGUUGGUGGCGGCAUCAUCAAGUAUCUCGAUGUGAUCAAAGGACGGGAUGAAAAUAUCGCCUGUAUUCGGCGGCUUGUUGACAGUCUUACGGAGAACUUGCGAAUUCUCGAAGCGUGCUCGACAUUCCUUCAUCCAAGUUACCCGGUUCCAACAACGACCUUGAUGCGUAAUCUCACGAAUGAGCUUCUUGCCCAUUUCACUACGCAGGGCCAAUCAUCGAAACGACAGGACACGAUCAAGCGUUCUAUGACCUAUCCUUUGGAGCGCUCAAAGCUCACGCAGCUGCUGGAUCUCAGCCAAGCCUUGAAUCUCGCGGCACUAACCUUGGGGCUGCAAGUCUCCGACUUCAUUUCGAGCAAGCUGGCGGAUGUCGAGUCCAACACCCAUGCCAAUUCCUCCAAACUAGAUGCAAUUCUAUCUCAAUUUCUGGCUCUCAACGUUUCCAUCAAUGAUGGGAAGGCUGCACUGAGCUCGGCGGUUUCAUCGAUUCGUGACAGCAACCAUGAUCUUGGCAAUCGUAUUCAGGAUUCCCAUUGUCAACAGGCCGCGAAUCACCUCCAAGUCACAGACCAACUGCUUGCCAUUAAGAAUUCGCAACACGUUUAUGCCGAUACCUUUAAUGCUCUCAAGUCUCAAGCGACAUCGCAUCACAUCGAGCUCAUCGAGAAGAGUCAAGCCACAGCGCAGAGGCAAAUCGAACUCGGGAUUCAACUUCUUAAUGAAGUCAGUCAACUGAGAGAGAUCACUCGGAAUUUCAUCAAGGACCAUGACAGCGGUGGCUACACUCCAUCUUCAGCCGACACUACCAUCUACCGACUUCUCUCGAAACCCAACGCCUUGAGAACCAUCUGUGAUUCGAGUUUGCCUUCUAGAAAAACACACAAUCAAGUCUCAGACGGUGUGACUUCGCAUGGAUCAACGUCAAACAGCCCGGGGUUUGAAGAACCCGUAAGCUCACUGUUAGCCGCAAGCUUGGAGUGCCAGUGUCGCCCGCGUACGCGGCGCAUGCGAAAGGACUGGCAGUUUAGCCACUUUGGCUCUUUGUUCAAAAUCAUCGACGUUGAAGAGUCGCACUUUCGAGGUUGUUCCUUUAACAAAGCAUCACGUCUUACAACACGGGAACGGGCAAGGAGGUAUCAGAUUCACAGGCUUGAGACGACUUUGCCGAAAGGCCAUAUAGAUGUCAGUUACCUUGGCCUAUGGAACUGGUGGCUACAGUAUGGGGAAGGCAGCCUCGACUUGGUUCCCCAUGGUGGAUGCCAGGAUUGCACCAGCUUGGAGGAUAGUGGGAGUAUUGGCGUCUUUGGCAGCGCACUUGCUGGUACCUCGGAUGCGGUCUGA